AUGCCUCGCAAGAGUCGUCGGCGCUCGAAGAAACAUUGCACUCUCUUGAAACGCCUAGUGAAAAUUAAGGCGAAAAAGAAAGCUAAAUUAGAGGAAGAAGAAGGGGUUACUCCACUUGUUGACAGGUAUUGGUUGCAAAGGUAUGAUCUUUUCUCGAGAUACGAUAAGGGUAUCAAAUUGGACGAAGAAGGGUGGUUUUCCGUUACACCGGAAGAGAUUGCGGUCCGGCACGCCGAGCGGAGUGGUGGCGGUGUAGUCAUUGAUUGCUUUGCCGGCGUCGGUGGUAAUGCCAUACAAUUUGCCUCGGUAUCUCAACACGUUGUUGCUAUUGACAUUGAUCCACAUAAAGUUGCAAUGGCUUCUAAUAAUGCAAAAAUAUAUGGCGUGGAAGAUUAUAUAGACUUUGUUGUGGGAGACUUCUUCCAACUUGCACCAUAUCUGAAGGGUAAUGUAGUAUUCCUUUCACCACCAUGGGGGGGUCCAUCAUAUAGUUCAGUUGGGAAUUUUACCCUUGACCUACUGAAGCCAAAGGAUGGGUAUUCAAUGUUUCAAAUUGCUCAAUCAAUAACCCCCAACAUCAUUAUGUUCUUACCUAAAAAUGUAGACCAACGUGAAGUGGAAGAACUUUCUUGGCUGUCUUCUCCUCCUCUACAUGUUGAGGUAUUUUUUCUACUGGUUGAUACAUUAGCAUGA